AUGGAUAAUUCUGAUACCAUACAAAUACAACCUGAUCAUUUCUAUGAUGGAAAGGGAGGAGUUCCAGUCUUUAAACCUACUUUUGAACAGUUUAAGGAUUUUGGAGCGUUUGUUGCUUCAGUAAGAAAAUAUGGCACAGAAUAUGGAAUCAUUAAAGUCAUUCCACCCUCAGAAUGGAAAUCAAAACUUCCAAACGAUUUGUCAGAAAAAUUGGCCAAAAUCAAAAUUGCACACCCAAUUCAACAAGUAUUUAUGCGUCAAAGCAAAUGUGGUGCUUAUAUUGUAAAAAAUGUGGAAACCCAUAAAACAUAUAGUGUCGAAGAAUGGGCCAAAUUAUGCGAACAAGAAGAACAUAGACCUCCUGAAACAAGAUACUUGAAUCCAAGGAUUCCUCUUAAUAAUAAUCAAAAAGUUGUACAAAAACAAAAGCCAUCAUCUAGUUCAGCUAAUAAUAAUAAUUCUUUGAAUUUUGGUUCUUUAAUAGAUUCUCAACAAAAAUUUGAAAAUAUAACUGAUACUACAUCAAAAAGCGAACAAAAGAGAAACGAAACAAUAUCGGAAUCUUCAAACCAUUUAAUCACAUCAGAAAACAUACAGCUAUUUACACCCAACGACUCACCAAAUAAUUUAUCUGUUGACUAUAGCAUUAAUAAUAAAUUAUUGAUGAAUAAUUAUAUUUCAACUUUAGAUAGUGAAGAUGAUGAUGGUGAUGAAUCAGAGAUGGAGGUUUUAUGUACUUCUGGGAUCAUUUUCGAGCCAAAAGUAGUUGUUGAACCAAUAGCAAAUAUAGAUAAUCCACCAAAAUUUAAUUACCAUUCCGUUAACGGAAACCUUCCAUACAACGAUGAACAAUAUAUAAAAGAAUUGGAACGUGACUAUUGGCGCAACUUGCCCUAUAGCCCUCCUUACUAUGGUGCAGAUAUGGCAGCAUCAUUUGCAUGGCAUGUCGAGGACAAGGAUCUUUAUUCAAUCAAUUAUAUCCAUUUUGGCGCGCCUAAACAAUGGUAUUCCAUAUCACCAUUAAAAGCUUCAAACUUUGAAUUGAAUAUGAAAGGUUGGUUUCCACACGCAGAAAAGGAAUGUUUGCAGUUUUUACGUCAUAAAGAAUAUAUGGUAUCUCCAACAAUAAUUGGCGAAGUUCCUAUAGCAAUCAAUCGUUUGAUCCAGAGAGAAGGUGAAUUUGUUAUUACAUUUCCACGUGGCUAUCAUUCAGGAUACAAUUUAGGUUUUAAUUGUGCCGAAAGUGUUAAUUUUGCCUUUGAAGAUUGGAUUGAUUAUGGUAUAAAAGCAAAAUCCUGUACUUGUCGCCCUGAUAGUGUCCAAAUUGAUGUUGAGUUACUUUUUGGCCAUCUGAUCAACAAACCGCCAGAACAACAAACUUUGGUGAUGAUUGAAAGACCUAUUUCUUCUAUACUUGAAUCUUCAUCACCUUCAUCAUCAUUGCCUUAUAGAAUGCCAUCUUCAAUCAAUCCAAAAAAAAUGUUAAGAUUGAAAACUUCAAAGGAAAUAUCUUUUUCAAAUCAGCAUAAAAGGCCAAAAAUUCAAGUUCAUACAAUAAAAUCUUCACCAAAUAUAAACUCUUUGAAUUCAUUGUCUUCAUCUACAAAUAACAAAUUAUUGUCGCCUUCAUUUGACGCUAUUUCCCAUAGAAUGGUAACAUCUCCAAUAACUUUACAAACUCAGAUAUCUUCAAGAACCCUGAUUGAAAAACACAAAUACAUUUUACAUAAAUUUGACAAGUUUGAAAUACAUCAAAGUAGUAACAAAACAGUAAAAUCAAGAGAGAUUCAGUCAAAGCAUGUAAAUUCAACACGAAUAUCUAAACAACCAAUUGUUGAACAUAAACUAGUUGUUAAAAAUAAAAAGCCACACAGAUAUGAGCCAUAUACCAUUGAAAAAAACAAUAGUUCUUCUAUAACACUUGAAAAUCACGAUAAGUGUUUUUUAUGCCCUGUUCGUGGAAAAGAAACAAUACGCACCGUGGAUGGCAGAUAUGCACAUCGACUUUGUGCGAGCUUUAUCCCAGAAACCUUUGCUGUUACUCAAGAAGAGUUCGGUGAAGAAUUUAUAGUGGUUGAUAUGACAUAUAUACCACUUGAAAGAAAAAGUUUGAUAUGUCAUAUAUGUAAAACUUCUGAUGGUGUAUGCAUCCAAUGUCGACAAUGCACUACAGCUUUUCAUGUUUUUUGUGCAUAUGAAGCUGGGGAUAUUGAAAAGUUAACUGAAAUUUGUUUAAGUGAACAAGUGUAA